GCAAAGUCCGAUCAAGGAUAGUCCAAGGGUCACCAAAGAGGUAGAUAGUAGUUCAGCACUGCUCUUUGGUGGUGGUGGGAUGAUUCAGUUGCCUGAUAACAGCUGGGAAGAAACUGUUCCUGAAUCUGGUGGUGUGGAUUUUCACACUUCGAUACCUUUUGCCUAAUGGGAGAGGGGAGAAGAGGACAUGGCAGGGGUGCGAUGUGUCCCUGAUUAUGCUGCUGGCCUUGCCGGGGCAGCAUGAGGUGGAAAUGGAGUCAAUAGAAGGGAGGUUGGUUUGUGUGACAGUCUGGGCUGCGUCCACAAUUGUCAAAUGCAAAGUCUGCAGUGUGCCCAAUAUUGCUGUUAGGUCUUCCCACAUAUCCCUUCCCUAUUUUACAUCCACACAGUGUAUAAAACCCUGUUCAAACUCCUUUCAGUAAAUGCAAUUUUACUCUCAUGGACAACUCCUUGUAGAACAGUCAGCAAAUGCGCAAUAAACAUCGGUGAAGUGAAUUGUGCCAUAGGAUAGCGAUGGAAUGUUACUAUCUAUCAAUACAUAGGAAUGGGCAGUGCUGUUGUAAAGCCCAAGCAAAGACCUGAAACAUACUUGUAAUGACCAGGAUCACAGGCACAGGGAACUGUUGACAGACUCAGUGCCUUGGUUUGAAGGGAAAUAGAAUGGUUACUUUUAGAAGACUGGGUUUCAGAACUGUUUACAAACCAGUUGGCCUUGAAUAGCUUAAACUCUAUUUGCCCUCUGUUUAACCAGUAGCGGUAGGAUAUGGUCCACAUAGAACACAGGAGACAUUAGUGCAAGCGUUUAUUGAAAGCUCUCUAUUGCUGGAGUUUUCUUCAUCAGACUUUUAGAGGUAAUAUUAGACUGGGCAUGGUCUGUUGCAUUACUUCUGUAACGGAGGUGGGGAAAGGAAGAUGCCAGGUGGGGAACCAUGGGCAUGGUGCCAUGGGAAGGUGGAGGUGGAAUGUGCCUGGGCUGUAUGAAGUGUAUGAAGAGCGUGAGGCUGGAGAGGUGACUUUGCUUAGCCUUGGUCAGCUCCAUUGACGGGGUCAACAGCAUUGGGCCAGGAAUGGGAAAGGAGAACACUGGCAGAGAGGAAGGACCCACCUGUGUGCCAAAUCACGCCCGUGGAUCCUGUUCCCACCAUUAUCCCUAUUCUGUGAGAAGGAUGGAGGGGGCGGAGGUGGUAACACAAGGCUGAGGCCAUUCCCCCGAUCACUUUACCAAGCCCUGAUGUGUGGUCCCGGAUCAGAGGAGGAACUGUGCUUUUAAUCAGAAAACUGACACCUGUUUUCUCACCCUCUGCUAUAAACACGAGUCAGGCCAACCAGUAGGACUGGUUUUCCUGUUGAUACAAGGAGCUGGUUAACAAUUAACCAUUUGUCCUACUGCCACUGUAAAGAUUUAAAUAGUUAAGACAUUGCACUAGCACCUGAGGCAGAGCCAGGUACAUCCCUUUUAUUUUAGUCUUCUAUUUCCUGCACUGGAUUUCCUGCACAAUAUUUAUAGAAAAUAAAUAAUUUUCUCCAGUGAAGUUUGGUGCCUGAUUGUAAAAGCCCGGUGCCUUGUUUACAAUGAACAUGUCGAAUACACCAUCUGCAGUGAUCAGGUUAAUCCAUUGCCCGAAUGCCAUUGGGGAGACACAUCAGGACCUGCUUCAGUUCAAGAAGCUUUCGAAAUUUUGAUUUAAUAAAAGUUGGCUCAGAAGUUGGUGGAGUAACGUCUAAGUACUUCGUCAGUCAGGACAGGGACGCCAUUGAGAGGAACAGGUCGCGAAGCUGACUCUCUCCAUGUGAUUCCAGAUCAUGAUUGUGCAAGACAGAAGCAUUAUGAAUGGCCAGUUCAGAAACCACCAUAUACCACAGCAAUUACCACCAACUUGGAGCAAUCUCAACCUCGAAAGCAAUGCUCCAGGCGGGUAUUGUGGAGGCUCAUGGCUGCAGGCACCUCCCCAUCUCUGGACCAAGUACCACGUGUGGGAAUGGCUCCAGCACACGCUGGACGCCAACCAGCUGGACGCCAACUUCAUUCGCUUUCACGACUUUGACGUGACCGGGGAGCAGCUGUGCGCCAUGUCCUUUGAGAUCUUCAGCCGUGCGACCGGUCCUCUGGGGCCACUUCUCUUCAGCAGCCUGGAAAGCCUAAAAUGGAGCAGCAAGUUUCUCCCACCAAUGGGGCAGCCACUAAUGGCAGAGCAGAGAGGUUCUUUUGUCACUGACAUGGUAUUCCCAGUGAAUGACACCAUUAAAUCGUUUGAUGCGGUUGACGAGGGAGAUGUGGGAAGACCAGAGAUUACAUUGACGUCUGUCCCCCAAGACACUCAAGAUUGUCAAGAUAAAGAUCACCAGAUUCAGUCCCAGAGAGGAAAUGGGAAGAAGCACAGUCCCCGAGGAACACACUUGUGGGAGUUUAUCCGAGACAUCCUCCUGGACUCGGAGAAGAAUCCCGGACUGAUCAAGUGGGAAGACCGAUCGGAAGGGGUUUUUCGCUUCCUCAAGUCUGAGGCUGUGGCGCAGCUCUGGGGCAAGAAGAAAAACAACAGCAGCAUGACGUACGAGAAGCUGAGCCGUGCCAUGAGAUAUUAUUACAAGCGCGAGAUCUUGGAACGGGUGGACGGCCGGAGACUUGUCUAUAAAUUCGGAAAGAAUUCCCAUGGUUGGAAGGCCUGCGACCAAUAGGCGAUUUCUUGGAGAUGACAAUGGGAGUGUUUUGCAUCUGGUGAAAGUGACGCCAAGAUGGUUAUUUAUAUGUAUAGAAAAAUGAUGAAGCUCCUCAUUAAUCCUUUCCAUUUGUCGAUCAGCUGCCUCGUGUUUCCCAGAAAUGAAAUGAGAUGGGGCUGGGAAGGGGGAUAGAGUUUUCAGGCUCCAGCUGAUGACAGCACUGACAGUGAGUGCUCGCAGGUCUCUGCUCUGCAGGAAGACACCUGCUGGUCAGGUAGGAAGAAGGAGCAGGUAACGCACUUUCCAAAGCAAAAAGCAAUGAUUUGACCAACAAACAUUAAGCAAGAAUCUCGCUUGUUGUUCAACAACUGCAUUUAGGCAGCACGUCCAAUGUGAUGAAUCAAGCAAAGAUUUCACUGGAAUGCAAUUCUCAACCCAAUCUAAAAAGAAAAGGGAGGUCAGGAACAGUUUGAACUGUUGGUCAAAUGGGUAAAUUUAACGAAUCGUCUCAAAGGAGCAAAAUGAAGUACACAAAACAGUGUAGAAAUUCCAGAGCUUGCGGCGUGGUCAGUCCAUAUGUGACAAGGGGAAUCCGGAUACCAACAAAGGGGUAAUUGGCAGAGCAGAUAAGCUUAUUCCAUCCCUAAUGCAGACUCUGAGGAGAAUGGGCAGUGCUUCACAUUAGGGGAGCUGAUGUGGAGUACUUCUUUCUGCGGGUUAAUUACAUUACACCAAACACACCUUUGGCAAAAUGUUUCCAUCUUAGACUGCUUAAGGCCACUAAAGUGUGUUUGAGCAAUGGAGAGAUCAGCAUGUUAGUAUCCCAAGGACUGAACUUUUACACAACCAGCAUGUGAUAAGAUGCAUUAUUCUGAAUCCAACAUUUCAAAACAAAUGGAAAUGGUUAAAGAUAGUUUUAUUCCGAAGAAUUCUUGUAAAUUUGUAAUUUUUUCUGGCUUUGAAUUGUGUGACAAUAAUGAUGUAACGAGCCAUUUAAAUGUGGUAAUACUCUUGUUCAUGACUAUAGAAAUUGUGCCCUGGUUUCCCAUGCAAGCAGAAGUAGGCCAACAUGGCCCCUCGAUUCUGCUCCACCUUCAAUGAGAUCACAGCUAAACUGAUUCAAACCUUGACACGAUAUUCCCGUCUGUCCUUGGUAACCUAUCACCCCUUUCGCUAAUCCAUUGCAUCUAUUUUCACCUUAUUCAAAGAAUCCACUUUUGCAUACCAAAUCUUCUCAAUCUUCUUACGAAGUAGAGGAGUUAAUGGGCUUUCUUUAUGAUUUCAUCAAUGUGUGGGUCCAGGACAGAUCUUCAGAGAUAUGCAUGCCCAGGAACUUGAGGUUAUUGACUCUCUCCAGCACCAACUUGCAGAUGAAGACAGGUAUGUGGUUCCUUGGCUUUCUUCUAAAGUCAACAAUCAGCUGCUUGGUUUCACUGACGUUGAGAGUAUGGUUGUUCUGGCACCAUUCAAUCAGACGAUCAUCUCCCUCCCACGCACUGACUCAUCAUUACCUGUAAUUAGUCUAACAAUGUCCACACAAUAGAGGUGGUACCAUUCCACAAUUUGACCAACUAUGAUCAUCAUUGAAAGAUAUGAAUCAGCUUCGUCACGAUCGUAUGAAGGAUGGUGCAGGUUUAAGGGACCUAAUGGCCUACUCCUGUUCCUAAUUUGUUUGUUCGCAUGGGCAAAGUUUAAAGGGGAUGUGCAAGACAAGUUUUUUACACAGACCAUGGUGGGUGACUGGAACGAGCUGGAAUGAGCUGCCAGGGGUGGUGGUGGAGACAGAUCUGAUAGUGGUAUUUAAGAGACUUUCAGAUAAGCAUGGAAUGGAGGGAUAUGGAUUAUAUGCUAGCAGGGUUGGUCUUGGCAUCAUGUUCAGCACAGACAUUGUGGGCUGAAGGGCCUCCUCCUGUGCUGUACUGUUCUACGUUUAUUAAAGUUCAGAGAGGAACCUCUCAGUAUUUUCCUUCAUUGACAUUGGAUUCGUUUUGCUCUUCAUCAUUUUGUAUAUGAAGGUACAGGUAGAUCAAGUCAGCUUUUCCUAUCCAAUAUGUUUCAAUAUUGCUACAAACUCCCAAUAUUCAAAAUUCCUUUCCAGUCACAUACAUUUUCUGAAUUUCAAAUACAACCCAUUGACAUUAAUCCUGGUUCUUAGCAAGUAUGUUAUUCUAAACUAUUCCCACCAAUUUCUGCCAUAAAAAUCUUCAGUUUUCUGAUGAUGUAGCUGGUUAAGACUGUAAAUAUCUGACAUUUCCAGUGUAUGUCAGGAUACGUGUAAAAUUCCUUCAGGAGAGGUUUGAGGUCAACUGCUGGAGGUUCCCUGAUUGAGCAAUGUGUUGACAUUCCGACAGGAAUGAUACCUGCUGCUGUCGGUUUCCAAUGUGUCUGGGAUGUUGGAAAUGAGCAGUGGACUUGCUAUUCUGUAGGAUGGGCGAGGCAUCCUCCCAUUCACCUGCCUAGUUUAGUUUUAGUUUAGCUUAGAAAUAGUGUGGAAACAGGCCCAUUGGCCCACCGAGUCCGCGCUGACCCUCAAUCCCCGCAUGCUAACACUAUCCUACACAAACUAGGGACAAUUUAUAAUGAUACCAAGCCAAUUAACCUACAAACCUGUACAUCUUUGGAGUGUGGGAGGAAACCGGAGAUCCUGGAGCAAACCCACGCAUGUCAGGAGGAGAACGGACAAACUCCGUAAAGACAGCACAUGUAGUCAUGAUCAAACCCGGGUAUCUGUGCUGUAUUGCUGUGGCAUGUUAUGGGGCUGGCUCAAAUCAAGCAGAUUCUUCAGCUACUCCAUUGAGUCAUUGUAGAAAUCGCUUCAAUAACAAUUGUUUUCACAAGAAUGAUUACAUUCCAAUGGUGUAAAAGUCUCUUCCAUUUCUCUCAGCUUCUUGUCCCAGGAAAACCAUCCCUGAUGGGAAUCAUAGUCCCUCGCAAAGGGAUGUGAUGUGGGUCUGCAUUCGGCCCCCUUGAUAUAGAGCAAUGGGUUUCAACUAUGAUGGAGGCAGGCUCCCAGUCUUCGCUGAGUUAGCCAGUUGUCAAGGGUACUAACCUGGCUCCCUACCUGUCGCCAGGCCUCCAGCUACUGUCACUGCUGAAGGAAUCCGGCUGCAGAAUGGGUGCAUGCCUCUGGUCCCUGGCAGCAAAUGCCAGUGCUGCCUUGACACAGAGUGGCCACCGGUAAUAGGUUGCACUGUGGUCGCAAAAGACACGUACACACCUACAUGUGGACUUUGCUGAUUUAACAAUGCUAGACGAAAGGCUCUGGUAAGGUGACAUUACAAUGUGAGUCUGGAUCAGCCUUCAACAAUUUAUUCUCUUCUGAGUAGGUUGGGAACUAUUAUUGUCAACAUAUUGAAUGUACAGGCCUUUUUUUUUUUUUAAAGCGUUUUUGGAAGUUUUUUGCAUUUUUUAGAAGCGUGUUAUUAAUGUGUAUUAAAUUUAUUGUGAAAAUAUAGUCUGACUUGGCAAAUCAGAGGCUCAUGGAUUGGAUUGAAGGCAGUGCUAAGCGCCGUGCUGUGCAGCUUGCAAGUUAUGGAAUUUUGAUUAAAACGAUAGUAGCUAAAUUUCAAAAGACUUUUCCAAGCUUUCUUUGAUUUGCUUGUUGGGAAACACAGGAGUUACCCGGGGUUUAAAGUGCAAUACAGUGUUGUUUCCACAGGAACUACUGACGACUGCACCUAACACCCGGUUACACCACAGUUUGCAAGCUGCAGGUGCAGUAAGAUCAAUUGAAUAUGGAUGAUGUUACAUUAAUAUUCCAGAGCCACAAUACCUGGCUGAGUAACUAUUCCGAUGCAAUUUUUAAUAAAUACAUUUGUGAUAAAUUCACUCUGGCUUCUGUACAUGGUCUGUACAAUGUCCCUUCAGCACCGUCUGUCUAUGGGCCAGGGGUCCCUCACCACUGAGGCUCUGUUGGUCUGUGUUCCCUCAGCACUGGCCCUACGUGGGUCGGGUUUCCUUCAGCACUGUUUGUACAGGAACUACUGACGGCUACAACUAACACCCGGCCACACCACAAUUUGCAAGCUGCGGGUGCAGGAAGACCGAUUGAAUACGGAUAAUGUUACAUUAAUAUUCCAGAGCCACAAUACUUGGCUGAGCAACUAUUUUGUUGCAAUGUUUAAUAAAUACAUUUGUAAUAAAUUGAAUCUGACUUCCUCUACUCAGUUGACAGUCCGUACACGGGUUGAGUGUUCCCUUAGCACUGACCCUCUGUGGGCCAGGCUUGUCUCAACACUAUCCCUCUGUGGGGCGGGUUCCCGGAUUGGCCAAGGGUUGGAAGAUAGGAUUAAUACGAAUGGGUGCACAUUGGUUGGCAUGGAUGUGAUGGGCUGAAUGGCUUACCUCUAUGACAAUCAAAUGGGGAAACCGGUGAACGUGGUGUAUUUAGAAUCUCAGGCCUUCAAUUAGGAGUCAUAUAAGAGAUUAUUAAAUUAAAUUUGCACGCGUAUAUCACAGUAAUAUAUUGAUUUGGACUGAGGAUUGAUUGAUAGAGAUAAAACCAAGAGUAGUGUUAUAAAGUUUAAGAAAGAACUGCAGAUGCUGGAAAAAUCGAAGGUAGACAAAAAUGCUGGAGAAACUCAGAGGCUGAGGCAGCAUCUAUGGAGCGAAGGAAUAGGUGA